CAUGCAUGGAUGGGCAUGGCUUGAGAGUGAAGAAUUGUGAAUAUUAACUUAACUUUUUCACUAGCUAGGAUCUGGCGCCGUUAGAGUUUUUUCUUUCUUUUUUUCUGCACCGCCGAAAAAGCAUAUAUCAAUCCCGAAAGGGCUUGGGAGGAUUGGCUUCUGGCAAAUAUAUCUCAGCUCGCUAGUUGACGCUACGCUCAGCAACCAUUUCUGGCUUCUCUACUCCGUACUGUGUAUACACGCGCGCUGCUUGCCACCGCAGUUUUAUUCUCCCGCCAUACGGGCCCAUUUCCACCGCUUGGAAUCUCCUCGCAGUGAGAUCAAUUCAAGUUCGUCGUCGAGCUAAUCCGCUAGUGUCAUAAAUUAGUUAUAUCUGCUCUGCCGAAUAAAUGGCUGGACCUUCUCGGCGACAUUUUUAAGUAAAGAGGCUCGCCCGAAAUGCAUUGACAGAGUGCGAGACGUGAGGCAGAGAAGUCGCAUGUUUUGCAGAGAGAAAAGCAAUUGCUCUCCAACGCGAUGAUAACCUAUCAUUUAAGUGUUUUCAUUUAUCAUCGUCGUUUAACACGUUAUCUUUACUCGUGCUGUGACAGGCAAGCUGCCCGCGGCCCAGCCACGGUGACUCCUCGAUAGUCUUGUUGAAGCGGUUCGACAAUUCAAUUAAUUGGACACACAAAACACGAAUAACGCAUCUAGUCAAUGCAAAGCUUCAAUUAUCUAUAAUACUUCCCAAAGCACGAAGAAGUAAGUAUACUGGGCACCCUUUCUCUUGUGGAGUGGCAGAGAGGAAGAAGACCUUAGUGUCGCGAUUUGAUUUGGAUCUCUAGAUUUAUCGGCUUAAUCAAAUCGUGGUGACUCCUGUGCCUGAAAAGAAGAAGCAACUCAAUUCUGUCAACUGGCCAAAUCUGUCUGCCGUUCGGUGCUAGACAGUACAAUUGGAAAAUCUAGAAUCUGCCGUCUAUCGCUUUUUUCCGCAGCUCAAUUGCCGGGCGCGGUGAGAAGCAACUGUGAACGGUGAAUCCUGGUUAAGGGACAUUCCUAUCGGCCACUACUGUGUUACGAUGGACAAAGUCACGCCUGAAAGGGAGGUCCACGACGACCAGGGAGAAGGAAAUGUCAAAGACGACAAUUCGACCAACCUACAUGAUGUCGAACAAGGGGAUGAAGUCGAUACAGAGACAAUCGAUCGCAUCUAUAAAAAAAUUGAUUGGCGAAUCAUCCCGCCAUUUUGGACUUUGUAUUUCCUUUGCGCAGCGAUCCGUUCAAAUAUCGGGCUAGCCCAGACCAUGAACAUUGAACAAAAACACGACCUUGGCAACGAACUCAACAUAUCUCCGCAACAAGUCUCAACUAGUUUGGCUCUGUUCUAUGUCUGCUACGUGCUUUUUGAUCUGCCGUCUAAUCUGAUUAUGACGAGGCUAAGCCCUCGGGUCUGGAUGAGUCGCAUUGUUAUCAGCGUUGGUAUCAUUGGAUGCUGCUUUGCUGCGGUCAAAGCUGCGUGGAGUUUAUAUUUACUUCGGCUCCUCCUUGGAAUUGUCAUUGCCGGCAUGUGGCCAGGAAUGGCCUAUUAUCUCACUCUCUUCUACCCGCCCUCCCGCACCGGAAAACGGAUAGGCCAAUACUUCACCGCAGCGCAGGUAUCUGCCGCAGUUGUCGGUCUCGUCUCUGCAGGCUUCCAGGAAAUGGACGGCUUGAAGGGCCUUGUCGGAUUCCAGUGGAUGUUUCUUCUAUACGGCAUCGCAGGCACUCUCACCGGAAUCAGUCUUCUCUGGUGGCUUCCAGAACGGCCCCUGCCCCCUGGACAAAAAUUGCCUCCAAGACGACGAUAUUUAAGAUGGAUACCUCAAACGCGUCCGGUACUUAAGGGACGAGAUGCGGAGAUACAUUACCAUGAUUUGAAACGUGUUUACCACAGCACCCAAUGGACCAUGCGAGAUCUUGCUGGCGUGUUGAUGGACUGGCGGCUGUGGCCUCUUACGCUCAUGUACUUUGGCGUCGUUGGCGUGGGAAUCGGCGUGCAGAAUUACGGAACCGUUAUUAUUAGAGGGGCCAAUCCGUCACUUACGGGGGUUCAACUAAGUUUACUAUUCGCUCCAAUUUGGAUUAUGGACCUCAUCGCCAUCGUCCUCGUAACCCCUUUCUCCGACCGCUUCCACCACCACCGCGGCAUCUUCUUCAUCGUCCCCGUCCUCUUCCAAAUCCUCGGCUUACUCCUGACAACCUAUGCCGGCUCCGUCACGAACGCCUGGCCCCGCUACGGCGGCCUGCUGAUCGUCGGCUUCGGCCUCGGCCCUACCGUGCCCAUAACCAUGACAUGGACGAACGAGCUCUUCCAACCACGCCACGGUGAGGUGGGUGUCGCCGCGGCAUCCGCUCUGGUCUCUGGCUUGGGCAACUUGGGGAGUAUCCUCACCACGUACGCGCUGUAUACUGGCUGGGACAGCGACCGCCAGGCGACGGGGAUGAAGAAGUAUCGGAAGAGUAAUUUGGUUAUGAUUGGGAUUCUCUGUAGUAGUGUUGUGGCCGCGAUUACGUUGGAGGUGUUGUUGAGGAUAUUUGGAGGGAAGAAAACAGGGGCGGGUGGGGAUGUGGAUGGAGUGAAUGGCGAUGGUGCAGCUAAGAGAGAGGUGGAGCAGAGAGGACUGAAGGGAUUAUGGCUUCUGAAGCUGUUCGGGAAGUAGGUGCAUUUUUUUUUUUUUUUUUGUUUUGAGAUCUGAAGGUAUUUAAAAAUAAAAAUAAAAGGAGGAUUGUUUGAUCGAUCAGAAUGGCAUUUUGGAACUAGGAGAAACGAACAACAUUAACUAUUUUGUUAUUAAAUUAUUCAACGUAGCCAGCUUCGUUUAGUGAAAAUUGUACUUAUUUUUUGUACUACGGGGUAUGACUGACUAUAUGCAAUUUCGAUUUCCCCGAGUGUCUUUUAUCAAGCGGGCAAUCAUCAUCUCCUUCCAACGCUCGUAUCCACCACACACAUACGGAUAAUUGCCGCGCGCUAAAGCCAACAAGAUCCAUAUUCAAGAUCUAGCUACUAGUUUUCUACAUCUUUACGUCGUUUUGAUCAGUUUUCCACACACAUAUUGCGAUGCUGGCGCGCGCGUUUAAAAUUGUCUCCCGUGGAUGUCUGCGAUAGCCUCAAAAAGUGGCCAAGACUGAUAUCUACAUCAGGAAAAACAGCAACAUGCAAAAUCGGGGCAUCUAUAUCCCUUAUAACUAACCCAAUCAACUUGCCCUACCCAUCUCAAGAAAAGAAAAAACGAAAAGAAAAGGGUUAAACCCAACAAAAAUCAAAAAUGGACCGCCUACCCACUCACUAUCUCAACAUGCUCAGAACUCCUCUUGUUCUUCUCAUCAUCGCUCACUGCAGCAGCAGAAGCAGCAGCAGAAGCAACAGCAUCCGGACCUUUCCGACUACUCUUCUCAGCCGACCACUUCAAGAAAUCCCUCGUGGGGACAUUAUGCUCAAAAAGCAGAUCCAAUUCCGCGGGAGACCUUCCGCCCAUCUCUGGCACAAGCAUCCAAAUCAAACCGCAGCUCAGGACAGAUAGACCAAAAAAUACAAACCCGGUUUUAGCUCCAAGAUUACCUUUGUCGGUGUUGUAAAUGUAUGGCAAUACAACUGCAAAGAUGCAUGCAUAUAUGCCGUGCAUGGCCCAGCCGACAGCUUGCGUCCGACCACGGAGUCGAAGGGAGGAUGUCUCUGCCGUGGCAAGGACAGAGACGGGCCAGAUUCCGUUUCCACAGACAAAAAUGAUGACGAUCAUACCUGCGGCAGUGAUCCUAGGAAAUCAAAAACAAAAAAAAGAAAAUUCAGAGAUCAGCAUGCCAUAUCUUCAACUUUCAGGAAACGAGGGGAAAAGGAGACGAUUGGCAGUUUCAACGCGGCGCGCAUGAUACAUGAAUUGCCAAAGGAGUGGAAUGAAAAAGCAAAAAACGUACCAUUUCGUCACCGGGCUAUCAAAACAUCCCGAAAUCCCUAUUGCGCCCCAAAACAACCCAGUGAGACCAAGCGUCCACAGCAUAAGCGGCCUCCGCUUCGCAACAGAUAAUGUCCACACAGAUAUGAUAUUCGCGACCAGGCCCACCGCAAUACCAAUCUCCAACAACAGAACACUCAAGAAAGGGGGGAUGCCAACAGUCUGCGCAAAGUAGCUGGCAGUCGAGAGCAAGCCCAGUCCGAAGUUCUGCGGCAUCAUAUGGCACACCAGCACAAUAAUGGUUCUCCGCAGAUCAAUCCCUCUAAAGCAAUCGAUGAACCGCACCUGCGAACCCAGCCUCUUCAUCAUCUCCCGCUCCUGCUCCAAAAUCUCAACAAGCUUAUCCACCAUCUUAUCUGUAUCAACUUCUUUCCGAUGAAGACGUCGCUGCGCCUUGCGCGCUUGAUCUAUCUUACCCACACGGAUAAGAUGCGGCGGGCUCUCAGGAAUGAAAAUCGUAAUAAAAAGCAAUAUUACAGAAAACAACCACUGCGACGCCACGGCAAUCAAAUACCCGUCCCGCCCCUUGACAGACAAGCAAGCAAACACAACCAACGCGCCGAUAAGUUGCCCCGUCAUCGUCAUCACGGGUAGCAGCGCCUGACUGGAACCCCGCAGCGCUCGCGUCACGAUUUCAGAGGUGUAUAUCUGCACGGUACAGACCACCUGUCCCGCCGCGAAGCCCUCCACAAGCUUGCCCACCAAGAAUAUGCCCCGACGGGCGUCGAUGCCGGCCGCGAAGGCGGAUGCAAAACAAAUGGCGAUGCCAAUGGCGGAUAUCAGGGCGCCCAGCAUGAGCGAAAAACGGCGGCCGAAGCGAUCGCAUACCCAGCCGGCGACGGCUGCGCCAGCAAUGUUGCCUAUGGAUGGUGCGGCGGUCCAUACUCCCAACCAUGCGGAGGGGAUAAUGGGCUUUCCUCGGAGUACUUCACCAAAGUCGCGUCUGUUGUGAAGAGAAGGGAGAAAGGGAGAAAGGGAGAAAGUUGGCUUUUGAUCGAGACACGGAUAGUUUUGAGAGGAGUUUUGUGCGUUUGUUGAGCUAAAGGGGGAUGGAUGGCAAUAGGAAAAGAAAGAGGGGGUGGUGGUGAAGAAGAAUACCAAACUACUCACUGGAACUCAGGCAUUGCAGUCAGAGUGCUGACGAUGACCAUGUCGAAUCCAUAUAGCAAUAUACCAGGGCAUGCGGCAAAGACAUAUCCGACGACUCUAGGGAAUCGUUUGAUAGACUGCAGCAAGGUCAGUUCGGCAGGAUCGGCAUUGUCGACCUCGUAAACGCCAUCGUUGCCGUCGUCGCUGGUAUCAUUGAUAUUGGUGAGACUAUUAUUGCUAACGAUAAUACCAUCAUUACUAUCACCUGUCGCUACCAGCACCGUCGUCGCCGUCGUCUUAGCGGGGACCUUUUCCUCGUCCACAGCCAUGUGUCGGUUGUCGGUUGAUAGACUACCAGGAUCGAGGCACAGUGUGUUCUGCUGCUGACGGGAGCAGGAACUAAAGCUGGGAGGCGGCAGGGGAUGGAUCGCGCUUGCUCAAUCAAUUCUUCUCAGGCUUAUAGUACCACUCAGGUAAGGAAGGUUCAACGGGGUAUAUGUGUAAUACAAGCGACUGACGACUGCGCAAAAGAGCAACGGAGUAGGUCCCUGAUAUAUAUAAAAACAACACCGAGUCUAUACGCUAUGUAUAUAUUUUUUUUUAAAAAAAAAAAGGAAGAGUGGAUUCGAUUUCAAAAUUCAAUUCCAAUUCCAACCCCGCAUAUUCCCUCGUUAUAAACAACGACGACCGGGAACAACCUACGGCCCUCAGUCCUUUCAAUAAAUGAGAGGAGGAGGAGGAAGAAGUGGAGGAGAAGUAGGCGUAGGUCACAAGCUCCCACAAGCCGCUCUCUACCAGUAAUAUAUAUAUAUAAAAACGAGAGAGAAGAGAAAGCAAACCCUUUCCUUUCCUCCCCAAGCAAGAUCUAAAAGGGCCGGCACAGGCGAUCUAUUUAUUAAAUACUCGGACAAAUAGUUAACCUGCAGAGGAAGAAAAAAGAAAGAAAAAAAAAGGAAAACCGGCGGUAGGGGUAAGGUAGGGGACCGGACCACCACCCUUUCCCUUGAGCAGUCUAGUCUAAGCAAGGGUCGCCCCGAAGAAAGGGCCUACGCAGUUAAUAACCACUGCACUAAUAAUUGCCGGGGCUGUCGUCCUUAUUAUUCAGGGUCUGCGAUCCCUAAACCAAACCGACAGCGCAUUCCCCGCUAGCAGCAAAAUUAACCUUUUUGUGGCUGGCCGGCGUAGGGCGCUCUGAACGUUGUUGGCCUUGCAAUGGGACCCCCCUUUUUUUUUUCCUGUCGCGUCGCCGUUCGGGGCCGGGCCAGAGGUUCGACGCACCGCCUGCAUAUAAA